GUGGUUUUCAAUACAAAGUCAAACAAGCUUUCAACGAGGUUAAAAAGAAUGUUAACAACGUGAUCGUGUUUGGAUGUCAGUACAUCCCUUGGGCUUGCCGAACAAAGGCUUACGGAAAAUGUGCCGUUCUAUUAGGUCACAAGCAGUACCUUUUCGUGGCCAAGUUACUAACACAAUGUCCGAACACUUCCAAGUUUUACGUCGAAAUGAAAAAGCUAAUGUUCGGAUUGUUUGGUAAAGAUUUCAAUGAUGAUAAGGAGAACGACGUGUUAUAUCAACGUGAACCUUACUUUUAUGGGGAACUGGAUGAUAGGUCGGCAGAUCUCAUGCAACGUCAGUCGGACGAAUUACAGGCGUUGAAGAAUGAAUCGCUGGCUCGUAGUCCUGAUUUGGAUUUAAGCAGCGUCAUGGAUUUAAAAGAGAGGAUCGUGGAGAUGUAUGCAACGGAAGUUGAUGACACGUCAACCCUUCGAAGCACCAUCUCUACCAACGUAGGAUGGACUCAACUGAAAUGUCCGAUGUCAAAGGGUGUGAUCUUGAAAGGUUACAAACCUGAUUUCUCGACGAGAUACAUGUGGGAUGACAUACCUUACGGUUUGGUCGUGCUCCGAUCCGUUGCUAGUUUACUUGACGUGGAAGUACCAUGCAUCGAUGAAGUCUUGUACUGGGGACAAAGCGUUAUGGGUAAAGAAUAUUUGGUCGAUGGUGAGUUGAUCGGAAAAGAUAUUCAUGAGACCGGUGCCGUCUCUAACUUUGGCAUUUUAUCACCCGAAGAAUUGUUUGAGUGA